CGGAAGUAGGCUACAGCCCACUCUUCUCUCUUUGCUCCGUGGCAUUCUGUAACACAAGCCUCCUACGGCUGGUGGUUUUAUGCUAAACCCGCGGCUGUAACCACAGGCAGGAAUGGACAAAGACGGGAAUAGGUGAUCAUUGGAUGGAUUUACACAGGACCAAUGUGUGAUUCACUGGAGCCAAGAGCCAGGACCUUCACAGUAAAAUGACAUAAUCGGCCCUUCAAAUCUCUCAGAUGAUGUGCAGAAUCAUAUUGUAAGUAAUGUGAUCUGAGGGGAAAGGGAAUGCAGACUCGUCAGCUAUAGCUUGUAUGUCAGCGUGAUGCCCAGGCGGGGGUUGCCGCUCCAGGGCCGGGUCCGCUGGCUCUUCCUGGGGCUCUUCCUGCUGCUGGUCCUGCUGCUGUUCGCAUACCUGCUGGAGUGCACCCCUCCAGCAGACGUCAGCCUGGUCCUGCCCGGCCUAGCAGGAGAGACCUAUGGGAAGGAGUAUUACCAGGCCCUGCUGCAGGAACAGGAGGAGCGCCACCUGAACCGUGCUGCCAGUCUCAAGCGCCAGAUCGCCCAGCUCAAGCAGGAGCUGCAGGAAAUGAGUGAGAAGCUGAAGCUUCUGCAGGACAAGAAGGAGCUCCCCGGGGUGCAGGGCCUGACCGAGACUAAAGACCAAGAGCCGGGAGAUCUGCUGGAGUACCUGCACUCUCAGAUUGACAAGGCUGAGGUCAACACAGGGGCACGCCUGCCCAGCGAGUACGCCCUGGUGCCCUUUGAGAGUUUCACUUCGUCCAAGGUGUAUCAGCUGGAGAUGGGGCUGACACGGCACCCAGAGGAGAAACCUGUCCGCAAAGACCGCAGGGACGAGCUGGUGGAGGUUAUCGAGGCCGCGCUGGACAUUAUCAAUAAUCCUGAUGAGGAGGACGGCGUAGAGGACGACAUGCCGAUGCAGAGGCAAACCUACACAGAGGGUCACUUUGCUGAGGGACUGUACAGGACAGAGCGAGACAAAGGGACGCUGUAUGAGCUCUUCUUUGCCAAAGAGGAUUCCAGCAGUUUCCGCCAUGUCACGCUCUUUCGGCCUUUUGGUCCCUUAAUGAAAGUCAGGAGCACAUCUGUGGAAACAUCGGGAAUGAUAAUUAACAUCAUUGUGCCGCUGGCAGGCAGAGUGGAAACUUUCUCACAGUUCUUACACAACUUCAGGGAGGUGUGCAUACAGCAGGACAGACGAGUACAUCUCACAGUGGUUUAUUUUGAGCAGGAAGGCCUACAGGAGGCGAAGUCAUCAUUGGAAAAAAUGUCAAGGGAGGAGAGCUUCUCCAAUUACACCCUAAUCCCGGUGGACGAGGAGUUUUCACGAGGUCGGGGUCUGGAUAUCGGAGCAAACGCCUGGAAGAAAGGCGACGUCUUAAUGUUUUUUUGUGAUGUUGACAUCCAUUUUACACUGGAGUUCCUUAACACCUGUCGUCUCCACGCCGCUCCAAACAAGAAAGUCUUCUAUCCAGUGGUGUUCAGUCUGUACAAUCCCGCCAUAGUCUAUGGAAAUUUGGAGCUGGCUCCACCCAUUGAACUCCAGCUGAUUCACAAAAAGGACGCCGGAUUCUGGAGAGAUUUUGGGUUUGGAAUGACGUGUCAGUACCGUUCGGAUUUCUUAAAUAUUGGAGGGUUUGAUCUUGAAGUGAAAGGCUGGGGCGUGGAAGACGUCCACUUGUACAGGAAGUAUCUUCGGAGCGACCUGAUAGUGAUCCGAACUCCAGUGUCCGGUCUUUUCCACCUGUGGCACGAGAAGCAGUGCGCGGACGAGCUGACGCCCGAGCAGUACCGCAUGUGCAUCCAGUCCAAAGCCAUGAACGAGGCCUCCCACUCUCACCUGGGCAUGCUGGUUUUCCGCGAGGAGAUCGAGGCUCACCUGCGCAAACAGGCCUUCAAGACUCAGAGCAAAACGGAGGACUGAGAAAGCCUCUGCGUACCCAACGUCAUUCCUACGCAGACUGUGAGGUGUGUUGACAAUAGUAAGGCAUUACAGCAAAGACACGUUUACAUGGAUCCUUCUGCAUUUCACCGCACAGCUGUAGACAAAUGAAUGUACAAAAACUCCACAACAAGGUACAACUCUGACUGAAGAGCUACAGCAGAAUCAAACACACAAGUACAUGAUCAAAUCAGUAAUAUUUAAUCUGCUGAAGGAAGAUAUUACACGUGUAGAACAAGUAAUAUAUCUCUUGGAUUUAGGCUGACAUUGUAUUUUACAUAUUGCAGUCAUUUCAGUUCGCAUGCAGUUAUUAACCUGCGGUACACAAACUUCUCGUUAAACCAUCCUGCCUGCUUCAAUCAUAGGCCCUGGACUUAGCAAUUGUUUGUUCGCCAUGUUCACCUUCUGUGCCGCUGAACUUCCUUUCACCGCCGAGUGUCGAACAAGGUCAAACACAACCAGCUGUCACAGUUCAGAGUGGCUUUUUAAUUGAAAAAGAAGAACGGCUAGAAAAUGCUAAUGUCUUAAUUAUAUAACUACUUAUUUACUGUGGACAGAAGGCACAGUAAGAAGUUGCACUUUCUUAGAACGGAAGUUAAACAUGUCUAAGUUUACCACACAAGAACCAGUAAUUUUCUACUGAUUCCGAACUUUAGAAAAAAAAUCAAUCUUUUAUUUUAUACAGUAUAUUAGCAGUUGUUUAAGGAGCCAUACUGUUCUGUUACUAUUAUAUAUUAUUUCAGACUGGCAGUGUGAUAAAAAAAAAGGGACCUUUUUUGUGUGUGUGUUUUAUGUGAUAGUCACUAAUUUUCUUUGCUGAGGACAGUUUCUAAGUCAUCAGUUAAACAAAGCAGCAGCAUGUUGAUAAAAUAGUUAAAGAGCCAGGAUCAAAGAUCUGCUUACAGCAUGUGGCGCUACGAUAUCAGGACUCUGUUAACCAGUGUUAUUGUCCAAAUAUCAAAGACCUGGCAGUGAGAGUCACUCACAGCACUAUGAUUCCUCGUACUGGACUGAGAUUGAAUGUUACAGCCUCUCUUGUAAAUAAUUUUUCUAAUAUUUCUUUGUUUCAUACACGUGACUUGACUACUUUUGUCGUACGUGCCUACAUGCUUUAAGUGACAUGAAACGUUGAACAGAUUGUUUUGGCAAUGUGUCGACAGCUGUAGGGUUGUUCUUUAUAAUGGUCUUUUUUGUUUGUUUCAUAAAGAGGGAGGAUGUUACUGCUGCAGAGCUCAGUCACAGAGGUCAGAGGUGAAACAUCAGUGAGCACAGCUGAAAAUCAAAAAUCCUGGGUGGAGCAGACAAGAAGUGCUUUAUUCUUUCUCACAAAGAAAGCAGGUUAUUCUCUCAUCUCAUCCUGUACUGUAAUUAUUUUUAAUCUGCGUUUUUGCAAUUAAUAUUACAGCUUUUUGUAGAUAGUCUUAAAGUUUCCCUGCUCUGCAGGAGAAAUGUUACAGGUCUUCCUCUCCGCAGUACACAACACUACAAACAGAACAAACUUAUGGAAGGAAAUGAUUUAUUUUGACAUUUUGGCCAUGAAAUAAAACUUACAGAAGGC